AUGUUUAAGCGUCUAGUCAUCAGGAAUCUCCGCCGGCCAGUUCGAGGCACGCAAAGCGACGGGGCGGCAACCUCGCUCCGCCACGCGGCUCCUCUGUGCGCCUUCACACGAGGCAAAACGAAGGAAGGCGUGAGCGCCGUUUGUCAUCGCACGCGCCUCCGUUCGCUCUGCCUCUGCAGAUGUUUUCUCCAGAACGGAACAAAGAAAUCCUGGGACUUCAUGCGAACCCAUGACAGACUGCUCGGACGGGGGGGCUCCAUGCAGUCUGGCCCGGCCCGCCAAGCCGGGCGAAAAAAAGCUCCACCGCCCGUGGACGCCCGCCAGAAAAUCUCUCAAACAUGCUUGUUCAUGUCCGACGACAUGCAGCAAUCCGAAGAGAUUUUCCCCCAAAGGAUUCAAAGCCGGCGGGGCCCCCAGCCACCAUCCAGCCAGCAGAAAUGA